AGUGCAUCGAUGCUCCUCUCGUCUGCCAAGAAGGGCUGUUUGUGUCUCAACAUCAGCGCUCUUUCUGUUUUUGAACGGCUUCGGGAGACCUUUUUUACUCAGUUUAUCUUUAGGGUUCAUUACAUAAGGGGAGAUAAAGUUCGUCGAAGAAGCGACGAACAGCGACGAUGCAAUCGGUGGGUUGAACUGGGCCGAACAUCUUCCCAUUGAUCUGAUGGUGGCUAGCUGAAGAGGCUAACUCGGUGGUUAAAGUUGAGCCAGCCGUUUGUCUGCUGGAAGAUGAUGCGGAGUUGAGUCGGCGUUCUGGCAGCUAACAACGACCGGUUGAAUUCCGAGAUGUUCAAGUUGUUCAAGUUGUACCCGUAAGGACCGAGACAUCCUGACCCAAGUGGAGAUGGACCUCAGGAGGAGAAGAGUUCCCCGAAGAGUUCCCCUAACAGCUGUCCCCUGGAUGUGAAGGAGCUCACAGUAUGAGGAUGGCGGAUCAGCAGCUGUCCACAAGUGAAGACUGCGUCUCCUCUCCCCCGCCCCCCUCCGCGGAGAAGCCCCCCAUCCCGGCCCUGCUGUCUGGCCCGGCCCAGGUUCACCCCAUGACCCUGGUACCCCUCUCCGAGAGCCGCUUGAACGGCAUUAACUCCUCGUCCUCCUCCCGGCCCGCUCCCGUCAUCGGCCAGACGGACGGGAAGCCCUACCCUACCAGGAUCAUGAGGCUGUUAUCCAACCCCAGGAAGUGUCCCGGGACCGGGCCGGGUCAGGCCGGGGACGGCCCCCCCCCUGCUCCGGGCCCCGGAGGUGUCUCUGUUGGGGGUCAGGCCUGGACCCAUCUGCCCGGACUGGGGGUCAUACAUUCCUUUAAGAAGCUGCGUUCCUCUGUGCUCCAGGGCAUCCAGAGCAGGGGCACAGCCAAUCAGGACGGAGAGUGUUCCUCAAGCAGCCCCGAGGCCAACGGGUCUAGUGUGAGCGGCCGGGGGCCGGGCCACGCGGACGGUCGGUUAAAGAGUGGCGAGUCCAACGGGUUCCCCGCUGACCAGCGGUUGUCUCUGAUGGGUCAGUACGGCGAGGAGGAGGAGGAGGAGGAUGCCGAUGAAGAGGUGGGCGACAGCGACGGCCCUCUGAGGAACACGCGCUUCUCCAGGAGCAUUCGUAGGGCCUACGGCGCCGGUCGCAUCUCCAUACUGGACACGGGGCAGAGCGGAGCGGGGGGGGACGGCACCGGGCGCCCCCACGGGGACGCACACACCGCCUCCCAGGGCUCCGAGUCGGACGUCCGUCUCGGUGCGGAGCCCUCGGAGGGGAACGCCGACGCCAAGGUGCUGAGCCGCCUGAGCAGGAGCGCAGAGAACCUCAACCUCUUCCGGCGGAGGGGCCUGGCCCCCGGCCCGGGGCCCGCCUCUGCACCGGCCCCGCUGGACCCCCUAGGGGAGCCUCCCUCGGGGACCCCCGCCCUCCAGAGGACGGGCAGUGUCUCCUCGAUGGGCGUCCGAGGCCGCAGCGCCCAGCGCUGGCUGAGCCCGCUCAGGACCAAGGACCACGUGCUGAGGCUGGUAGGCAGCGUGACGGACCUCACGGCCCGCCGCCGGCCCAGCGCCAGCCCCUCGCCCGCCGCCCCCCCGCCCUCCACCCCCCGCAGCCGUAUCCACGACGACUAUUCCCGCCGCACCCCCUGUCUCCCGGCGGCAGAGCGGCAGCGCAGACCCUCGCCGGCCCGGGCCCAGUCCGCGGGACCCCGGGGCGGGAGGGUAGCAGCGGCCGUCCCCCUGGAGCACAGCCUGGAGGUCCACCCCCGGCCGCGCUCCGAGUCGGCCAGCCCCGUCCACCGCCAGGGCGGCACGGGGCCGGCGUCACCUGCAGGGCCCCCCGAACUCUGGGGCUCACCCUGCGUCCCCCCAGAGUCUGAGUCUCCCUCGGAGGCCUCCGGCCCUCGGCCUACACCCGGCCCUCCAUGGGACUCCCCUCAGCCCCCCCACAGGGAGCCCCCCCACCGGGACCCCCUGGACAGCCCGGGAGAGCGGGAGGCACCCCAGGCUCCGUCGGUGGACCAGGUGCGAGAGCUGCUCCUGCGGCAGGAAGAGGCGUCGCCGACGGCCAGCGGCGGCGGCAGCGGCAGCCAGCCCUCCUCCCCGGCCGACUGCUCCUCCUCGCCGACCUCGCUCACGUCGCAGGCCGACGACCCGGCGCCCCCCCGGCGCAGGGCGGCCCGCCCGCGGCCCCGGCCAAUCUCGGACUACGGCCAGCUGGUGUCCCGGCGCUACCCGGUCCCGGAGGAGGGCGCCGAGCUGUCUCCCAGCGACUGGUCCCGAAAGCGCCCGCAGCGGCACCACAGCACGGACGGCGCCGGGGGCUGUUGGUCCGAGGGCGGUGCCGAGGGCGGCCCCCUGAAGCAGAGGCCCGUGUCGGUGAUCGGGUCGGGGGAGGGGCGGUGCUCGCCGGACCAGGGGGACGCCGGCCUUCCGUCCCCCCUGCCUCGCCCGCCCCUCCCGUCCCACGACGUGCCCCCCUACCGGGCUGCGUCGGCCCGCCUCCGGCCGUCCUCUGCCUUCUCCCAGAGCACGCCCAUCGGCCUGGACCGCCUGGGCCGGCGCCGGCUGCACAGGGUCCUGAGCGGCGGUGUGUCCGAGGGCCCUGCGUUGCUGGACGGCAGCAUCAGUGAGGAGGAGGGCAGCUUUGACGAGCUGAUGGAGGUCACGCCCUACCUGCAGCCCGGGGUGGAUCUCUCCCUCCUCAACCAGUGGAUCAGCUCGGGCCAUGCGGUCUAUGCCGAGGCUCUGUGGGACCACGUCACCAUGGGGGAGCAGGAGCUGGCCUUCGAGGCAGGGAACGUGAUCCGCGUGCUGGACGCCUCCCAUGAGGACUGGUGGUGGGGCCGCAGGGCGGAGCAGGAGGCCUGGUUCCCCUCCACCUUCGUCAGGGUGCGUGUGAACCAGGAGGACUUUAGCUCUGAGAGCGUAGCGAACCAGGAGGGUCUGGCCCAGCUCCGAGACCCCCACAGCCUGCAGCACCUGGACCAGAUGAGGACCAACGUGGUCCAGGAGAUCAUGAACACGGAGCGCAUGUACAUCAAGCACCUCCGGGACAUCUGUGAGGGGUACAUCCGGCAGUGCCGUAAGCACCCCACCAUGUUCACGGAGCCCCAGCUGCUGACCAUCUUCAGCAACAUCGAGGACAUCUACCGCUUCCAGAGGCAGUUCCUGCGCGAGCUGGAGAGCAAGUACAACAAGGAGCAGCCCCACCUCAGUGAGAUUGGCUCCUGCUUCCUGUCCCAGGAGGAGGGCUUCUCCAUCUACUCUGAGUACUGUAACACCCACCCGACGGCCAGCGCAGAGCUCCACCGCCUCAUGAAGCUGGGCCGCUACAAGCACUUCUUCGAGGCCUGCCGGCUGCUGCAGCAGAUGAUCAACAUCUCCAUCGCUGGCUUCCUGCUCACGCCCGUCCAGAAGAUCUGCAAGUACCCGCUGCAGCUGGGCGAGCUGCUGAAAUACACCCCCGCGGACCACAGUGACUACGGCGGGGUGAGCAGUGCGUAUGGCGCCAUGAAGAACGUGGCCAGUCUGAUCAACGAGAGGAAGCGGAGGCUGGAGAGCAUCGACACCAUGGCCCAGUGGCAGGUCUCCAUCCUGCAUUGGGAGGGGGCCGACGUGCUGGAGCGCAGCUCGGAGCUGAUCCACUCGGGGGAGCUGACCCGCGUGGCCCUGCAGGGGGCGAAGAGCCAGCAGCGCUUCUUCUUCCUGUUUGACCACCAGCUGGUGUACUGCAAGAAGGACGUGCUGCGGCGCGACCUGCUGCACUACCGCGGCCGCCUGGACAUGGACCAGACGGAGGUCCAGGAGCUGGCCGACGGCCGCGACCCCGGCCUGGGCCUCACCCUGAGAAACGCCCUGCGCCUGCGCAACGCCUCCACCCUGGAGGGCCUGUGCAUCCUGUGCUGCCGCAAGCCCCAGGACAAGCAGCGCUGGCUGGACGCCUUCGCCCGCGAGAGGCACCGCGUGCAGGAGGACCAGGAGAUGGGCAUGGAGAUCAGUGAGGAACAGAGACAACUCGCUAUAUUCAACGCCAGGAAACUCAAACAAGGGAAGAUCAAAGCAAUUGGCUACUCCGGUUCGGUCCCGCCCCACCACCAAAGCCACCAGCAGAGCCUCCACCCGCUCCACCAGCGUCACGUUACCGUACCGACCAGCGUGCCCCAGCAACCCGUGUUCUCAUUGGCCGAGCCCCCCAAGCGAAAGCCCGCCCACCUGUGGCACUCCAUCACACGGAGUACCCUCUUCAAGAAGUGAUCCCCCCGCCCUUCCUCAUCUCUGCCUCCUCAUCCUCGUCUGGGAGGCCCCUCCCCUAAACCGUCCACCAGUCACAAAGACCACUUUAUGUUGAUGAUCUUUUUAAAAGCUCCCUGUGAAUGUGUUAGUAUUUUAUUUAGCUCGUGCCUCGCUGGCCUUAACAACUCUGUUGUUCCAGUGCCUGAACAUCACUGAUUGCCUUCCCUGUUCCCUCUGUCUGCUGGGUUUGUCUGUCGUCUGUGGUCCUAAUUGUCGUUGUUCAAGAGAUUCCUCUGCCCUGUUGUGCGUUAAUGCUCGUGUAUUUAAACGUCAAUUGUGACAAACAAUGUAUAGUCCGCUUUUUAAAAGUCAAACUACUUUUCCUUGAUUUCAGAAGUAUGUAUGUGUCCUGGUUCGGUUGUGUUCGUCAGCACUGGACACAGCCCGGGCAGCCUGAGAGCUGAACCGGGCCCAGCCCAGCCUGUUAACACUGUAAAUAAACUGUGUACAAAAGUAUUCACUAGUGAUAAA